AUGUUCGAAAAUGUUUUUGCAAAAAAAUUUCAAGAUAUAUACAGUAAAAAUCUUUUAGAUACUUUUAUGCAAACUCGUCUAAACGCAAACUAUACAGAGGGUACAUGCAAAGGAACGUCAGAAAAGACCAAGCAAAUUAUUUAG